AUGAGAAGCAGCGGCGGUGGCCGUGGUGGCGGAGGCCCAGGCGCCGUGGCGUGGACCGCGGCCGAACUGGAGGUGCUGAGGCAGAGCAUCCGCGAGAACGGAUUGGACGACUGGAGAACCCUGGGGGACUGGUCCCAGGCAAUUUGCAUGGAUGUGCUGCAGUUUUACAACGAGGUUGUGUUUCAGAUGGAGACGGCGCGGUCAACAACGACCAACAACCGCCGUUUGCUUGCUGAUUUUCAGAAUGUAAACUUAUGUUGUGAGGGCUGGCUUGUGAACAUGAAGACGUAG